AGAAGAACAGCGCUUCGAAGUUGGCUGCUUCGUGAUUUCGACGCUUGCCUUGGAGCUCCAGUAUCAAACGUAACAUCACUAAUUAAUAUGCAUCUUUCAGCAAUAUCCAGGACGUAAAACUACUUGCAAGAUUUAACGAACAACCAUGAGCACUCAAUACAGUAUUCUGUUCAAGCAAGAACAUGCCCACGACGAUGCCAUCUGGACUGCUGCGUGGGGUAGAAGUGAGCGGGAUGGAUUGGAGACAAUAGUCACUGGCUCUCUGGACGACAUGGUGAAAGUCUGGAAAUGGUCAGACGAAAAGCUGGAGCUGCAGUGGACCCUGGAGGGCCACCAGCUGGGUAUAGUCUCAGUGGACGUCAGUCCCAACGGAGCCAUAGCAGCCUCCAGCUCGCUGGAUGCCCACAUACGCCUCUGGGACCUUGAGUUCGGCAAGCAGAUCAAGUCCAUGGAUGCGGGCCCAGUUGAUGCAUGGACAGUAGCCUUCUCCCCAGACUCCAAAUAUAUUGCCACAGGAAGCCAUCUUGGAAAGGUCAACAUCUUUGGGGUUGAAAGCGGCAAGAAGGAGUACUCUUUGGACACCAGAGGGAAAUUCAUACUGAGUAUAGCCUACAGUCCAGACGGAAAGUACUUGGCCAGUGGAGCUAUAGAUGGAAUCAUUAACAUCUUUGACAUUGCCACUGGGAAACUACUCCAUACGCUGGAAGGUCACGCCAUGCCUAUCAGAUCGCUGACGUUCUCUCCAGAUUCACAGCUCUUAGUCACAGCCUCAGAUGAUGGCUACAUCAAGAUUUAUGACGUGCAGCAUGCCAAGUUGGCAGGCACUCUGAGUGGCCACGCGUCCUGGGUCCUCAACGUAGCUUUCUCCCCUGACGACACGCAUUUUGUGUCCAGUUCCUCAGACAAGAGUGUAAAGGUUUGGGACGCCAGCUCCAGGGUGUGUGUCAACACAUUCUUCGACCAUCAGGACCAGGUGUGGAGUGUGAAAUACAACGGCACAGGUUCUAAGAUCGUAUCUGUUGGAGAUGACCGGGCCAUCCAUAUCUAUGAUUGUCCCAUGUGAUGCACCAGCUCUCAUUCCUACCACCUCUCCCAGCUGCAGACCAGGCAGCCUGAAUACUGGCGCUCUAGUAAGAGUACCACAGCUUAUCUUGCCUGGCUCAUCCUACUUAUGGUGCAGCUCAAUAUUCUGACUUGCUCUCCUUCCUCUCAUCUGCACUGAUUUGAAAAUUCACAUUCACAAGCCCUGCUCCUUCUCAUGGAGAUGGAAGGUGAGGAGAGGAAGUCCAUUUAGACUAUUGAGAUGCACCUAUGGCCUAGCUCAGUCAGAACAGCCCAUGGUUGCUCCACUGAGCCAGAGCUAAACUGCAAUCAAAAAUGAUUGUGGGAGGUUCAAUGUCAUUGAUUAUUUUGCACUUCACUGUACCUUGCCCUCCUUUUGUUGUACUCAAAAUAAAGGAUUUUUUGUAUUUUCAUUUUCCCAACUAA